AUGGCGGACGAGCCAACUUCACCCAAGGACGUGCCCCAGGCGUCGGUCACUCAGGCACCUGAGGCCGACACCUCGUCACCGCCUUCCAUCUCUAGUGGCGAGAACAACAACGAGAAGGCUGCUACCCACACGGCCACCGCUGUCGACCUCGACCGCGUUGGUGAGACCGAUGGCUACUUGCUGGACGAGGCCCAGAUUCGCGAGAAGCUGGGUCUUGCGCCCCACGUGCCUCUCAAAAAGUCGAGCGACGGCAAGGUCUUGAUUCCUCAGCCCACAGAGGAUCCCGAAGACCCCUUGAACUGGCCCAGCUGGAAAAAGGCAGCCAUCUUGUUGGUCAUUGGGGUCAACGCGGCGACUUCGGACUACUCUGCCGCCACCGGCGCAAGUGCUCUCAUUCCUCAGGCGACACAGUGGCGUAUCAAUCCGAAUGAGGUCAACCAUGCCACGGCUGGUAAUACAUUCAUGCUGGGUGUCGGCGGCAUCCUGACCGUCUGGCUGUCAGCCUGGAUUGGUCGCCUUCCCGUCCUCUUCUGGUUUGGAUGUCUUUCCGCCGGUACCGCUGCGUGGUCUGCCGCCGCAAAGUCCUUUGAAUCAUACAUGGCGUCCCGUAUUUUGAACGGCAUGUUUGCUGUUGCUGGUGCGGGUGGCGGUCUCAUGUGGAUCAAGGAUGUCUGGUUCUUCCACCAGCAUGCCCGGAAGAUCAACAUCUGGAGUACCGCCAUCAUCUUGUCGCCUUUCCUGGGCCCGCAGUUCAUGGCCGCAAUCCUCAGUGUGAGCACAUGGAGAACAGGAAUGUGGCUCAACUUCGGCAUCAUCAUGCUGGGGCUGGUUUUGACCGUUACUCUUGGUGACGAGACCUUUUAUCCAAGACAUUUGAUGCCAGAUCGAGUCCCAAAGCGCAAGAACCGUCUUCUCCGAGUGGUUGGUGUUGAGCAGUACAAGACCAACUACACGACCAACUCUUUCCUGGAAGCCGGGACCCGGUUGGGAUACACCGUUCUCAAGCUGCCAGUGUUCCUGACUUGCCUCUUCUACUUCUUUGACUUCCCAUGGACGAUUGGAAACAACACAACCAUCUCAGUCUUCAUCAUUCCUGCAUAUAACUUUGACUUCCGCAACCUUGCGGCCAUCUACACCGCGCCUGUCGUUGGUGCGAUCCUGGGACUGGUCAUUGGUCACUUCAUGUUCGACUUCAUUGCCAGAAUGUGGGCGAAGCGCCACAACGGGGUCAUCGCCCCCGAGAACAGACUUAUUGUCUUGUGGCUCGUUUUGCCCAUCAAGCUCAUUGGCUAUAAUCUGAUCGGCACGACUCUUCACCAUGCUCCCGCAUGGUCCUACUGGGUCAUCGUCGUGGGAUGGGGAAUGCACAAUUUCGCCACGAUUGUCACCACUUCAGCGGUGGGUGCGUACUUGCUUGACGCCUACCCUGAGGCUGCUGGCGAGUGUGCUGCCUUGCUCAACUUUGCCAGAACCCUGGGUGGAUUCAUCAUCGGGUACAUCCAGAUCAACUGGGCCACCAAAGCGGGCACACAGACGGAAUACGGCAUUCAGAGUGGCAUCAUGGGAGCCGCCUUCUUCCUGGUUGUGUUCUUGCAAUUCUUCGGAGCCAAAUUGAGGCAUAAGCAAGGACCGUUGAACUUCAAGACUUACUAG